ACGGGGCGGCCCAGGGGACAACGUCUCGCGCUCUCCCUCGCGCGGUGAGGUUGCCUGGAGGCAGCGUCGCCACGUUGCUAAGCGACAGCCAGGAGCCGCUGCCCAAGGGUCUCGUGCCCCGCCGCCGGCCGCCUCAUGGCGAAGUUCGUGCUGGCUGGUAAGGCAGACUGUCCAUACUUUGUAAAGGCAGAACUUCUGGCUGACUAUCUGCAGAUUAAUUUGCCUAAUUUCAAAAUACACAAGAUUACUCAGCAUCCUGACAAGUGGGAGCAGUGGCUUCAUGACAUCUGUGAAAAGAAUGGAUGGAAACACAAACGCUCGCCGAUUGUUUGGAGGGAAUUAUUGGAUCGGGGAGGGAAGGGCCUGCUUCUGGGAGGAUUUAACGAUUUUAUGGAGCAUGCCCAGCAUUACUAUGGCAUCAGCUCGGACAUGCUGAGUGAGCAGAUGCUGAGAAUUGCUGAGGAGAAUUUGCAGACCCAUAUAGAAAUUGAGAAAGAGGAGGAAUAUAUUAAAAGUCUUAUCAAACCCUUGCAGAUCUGGAUCAGCAGUGCAUCAGCUCCUGCCUGCUACAACCUGAUUCCAUUAUUGGCCAAUGGAGAAGUGUUUGGGAUGGCAACAGAAGUUAGCAUCCAUCUGCUCGACAGUAGCCAUUACAAGGAAAUUCUGCACGGUAUUGUAAUGGAGGCUCAAGACUUAGCAUUCCCUCUCCUUCGCAGUGUCUCAAUGCACACUGAAUUAGAUGAUGCCUUUGUUCAGGCUGAUAUUGUUAUUUUGCUUGAUGAUAUCCUCUUACAACACAAGAUCCCAUCGCUUGAAGACUGCAUCAGACAGGUGACUGAGCAAUGUAAGGUGUAUGGUUCCCUGAUUGAGAAGAAUGCCAACAGCAGUGUCAAAGUUAUUGUGUCAGGAAAAACCUUUGUGAACCUUCGGGCAUUAAUGAUUAUGACAUUUGCCCCAUCCAUUGACGGCCAGAAUAUUAUCGCCAUGGCAAUGUUCUUGGAAAGCGCAGCUAAAGCUAUGCUGGCCAGGAAGCUGAAUAUGAAUUCAGCAGGAGUCAAAGAUGUGAUUGUUUGGGGUAAUAUCAGUGGCAAUAACUACAUUGAUCUGUCUAAAACAAAAGUUUACAGAUAUGACAGUGCUAUCUGGGGUCCACCUAACUUUUCACGCCAUUUGCUGGACAUGAUCUAUGAUGGCAACUGGGUGCGUUCAGAAUUUGCAUCUGUACUGAGUUCCCCGAGUUCCCGGGAGCAUCACUGCUUAGGCAUGUCACCUGCUCAUGUAAUAGCUACUGUGCUGAGAUACUGGUAUCAAGACUCUCCUCCCGGGGAGAUUGUCUCAAUGGGAAUACUCAGCAAAGGUCAAUUUUGUAUCCCUGAAGGGAUUAUCUUCUCCAUGCCUGUGAGGUUCCAGGAUGGUAGCUGGGAGGUCAUUACAGAAACAGAAAUUAAUGAAGAAACUCAAGAAACUCUGAAGCAUUUAGCCCAUGAUCUGAUACAGGAAAAACAAGUUGCACUAGGAGAAAUAUCUGAAAUGCGUCCAUAUAAAGAAACUGCAUUUAAUGGCUUCAAUCUGCUAGCGCUUCUAGAAGAGGAAAACUUUCAAACAUCUCCAAAGGGAGGUCCCAAUUACAAGAAAGGAGAGAUCUUUUAUACCAGCACUAAAUUAUUGAUCCACUUGGCUUCACUUAAAGUAAAAUUCCUAGGUUACCAUGACAGAGUUCAAGUGCAUAACCACAUAAACCGAACCCUAUCAAUACUUACAGAAAAUCCAGUAUCUCUUCUCUACUUUGGGAGUUUGAGAGAUGAACAGGAUUCGUUUGGCGGGACCUGCAAACCACAUCACAAUGCCAUGACAAACUCUUGAGCCUUCCCCAAUCUAUUUUUCCCAUCCACAAUACAAGGCCAAGUCCUAAUCCACUUCUUCCAAUGCUUCAUUUCCCACCAGUUUUGCUACUUGGAUUCUCUGCCCUGUCACUUCAGGAUGAUUACAUUAGGGAAAAAAGAAAGAGCAUCCAUUAAAUUGAAAAUUUCCUAACCUGAAAGCUGUGUGUUCUUGGGGUUUAUUCUGUUUUCCCAUUUUUUUUCUCCCCUUCCUUCCACUCCAAGUUUUAUUUUCUUAGCUACAUUCCAUGUUCUCUUUUUUCAUCUUUUUAAACUACAAUUCUCUCUCAAUUUUAGUUUUUACUCUUUCCAUGUCUCCCUCCCUCUUCCUUUUGUGUCAUUUCCCUUUCUCACAAUCCCUCUCUCCCUGGAUUCUUCUCAUUUCCACUGAGUUUCUCCUAUCUUAUUUCUCAGUCCCCCAAAUCUCUUUCCUCUUGGGCCUAGUCUACACUACGAGUUUAGGUCGAAUUUAGCAGUGUUAUCUUGAUUUAACCCUGCACCCGUCCACAAGACGAAGCCCUUUUUUUUCGACUUAAAAGGCUCUUAAAGUCGA